AUGGCAGAGUGGAGAGCUCAACAUUAUCACAAAGCUAUUAGUGGACAAUGGAAGGAGGCAAAACGAGCUGAUGACGGGUUUAAUAGAGCUCAAAAACCUUGGUCCAAGAACCUCAGUCGUUGCAACAAAGCUAAGAAAGCUUAUCAUAAUACAUCAAAGGAGCUUGAUAGUGUAACAUUGUUGUUAUCUAAUGCUGAGACAAAUUAUACUGAGACAAGUUUAGAGCAGAUACAAAAGCUGAGAGAGAAAAAGGAAAAAACUGAGAAGGAGAAAGAGAAAAAUCUGGAGAAAUACAAAGAUCGUCUCAUUGAUGUUGUUCAUUAUAAAAAAUCGUUACAUUGA